AUGCCUUCUCUCAUCGCCCUUUCAAUGGUGGUCGGAACCAUUGCGACACCAGUCCUCGCAGAUAUCUACAACGUCAACGUCCCCUCUGGCUUCUUUUCCGGUCCUCAGUCCGGCAUCGGUUCAUGGUACCGCGCCUCCACGGGCCAGGACUCAACCAACGGACAAAGCUGGUGUGGCUACAAAUACUACAACUCGGACCCUGUGUUUGCUCCCUCUUUGAAGGCGAUGGGUGGUGCUACGUACAACUCCAACCCCGAUGCCUGGAGACAGCAGACCAGGAAGUAUUGUGGUCUGGAAGCCAAGGUCACGGACCCUACGACUGGCAAAAGUCAGCUCAUGUACAUUGGCGAUUCUUUUGACGACGCGUGGACACCCGCAUCCAUCGACAUUAUGAUCGAUGCCUACUCCAACAUCCAUGGAAAUCCCAACGGCGACAAAAACAACGUCAUCAAGGGAGUUCAAUGGGAGCUCACAGGUAGGGUCAACACCAAGUAUGCUGCGCCGGGUGCGUCCUGGCCUCCCACGUCCGGUGGUUCUGGCGGUGGAUCCGGUGGUGGUUCUAGCACUGGAGGUUUGGGGGCCAAGUGUGACGGCCAGACCAAGUUGUGCAAUAGCGGCCUCACCUGUCUCUCACCCGAUGGUGUCUGCAGUGACAAGGCUUGCAAUUGGGGAUGCCAGGGAUGGUCUUGCAGCUCAAGUGUCCCGUGCCAAAAGCCUGGGAACUGCGUCAACGGCGUUUGCAGCGCUUAG